GACCCCCGGCCGCCGCCGCUCCGGCCCCGUUCCCGCCCCGGUCCCGCUCCCGGUCCCGGCCCCGUUCAGUCCCGGCCUGUCCCGUCCCGGUGCCGCCAUGACGCUCCUCGCCGCCGGCAGCCGGGCGGCCGCGCGCCUCCGCGGGCCCAAGAAUGCACCGUGUGUCCUAUUUGCUGCUCGCCACGCCAGCGCCGCCACGAACCUCAAAGACGUCCUGGCUACUAUGAUCCCCAAGGAGCAGGCGAAGAUCAAGAGCUUCCGGCAGCAGCAUGGCAACACGGCCAUCGGGCAGAUCACGGUGGACAUGGUGUAUGGCGGCAUGAGGGGCAUGAAAGGGCUGAUCUACGAGACCUCUGUGCUGGAUCCUGACGAGGGCAUCCGCUUCCGUGGGUACAGCAUUCCUGAGUGCCAGAAGAAGCUGCCCAAAGCUGCAGGGGGAGAGGAGCCACUUCCCGAGGGACUCUUCUGGCUGCUGGUGACUGGAGAAAUCCCAACCCAGGAGCAGGUGACCUGGCUGUCCCGGGAGUGGGCCAAGCGUGCGGCUCUGCCAUCCCACGUGGUGACCAUGCUGGACAACUUCCCCACCAACCUGCACCCCAUGUCCCAGCUGAGCGCCGCCGUCACCGCCCUCAACAGCGAGAGCAAGUUCGCCCGCGCCUACGCCGAGGGCAUCCACCGCGCCAAGUACUGGGAGUUUGUGUACGAGGACGCCAUGGACCUGAUCGCCAAGCUGCCGUGCGUGGCCGCCAAGAUCUACCGGAACCUUUAUCGCGAGGGCAGCGGCAUCGGGGCCAUCGACCCCAACCUCGACUGGUCCCACAACUUCACCAACAUGCUGGGCUACACCGACCCCCAGUUCAUCGAGCUGAUGCGGCUCUACCUCACCAUCCACAGUGACCACGAGGGAGGGAACGUGAGUGCCCACACGAGCCACCUCGUGGGCAGCGCCUUGUCUGACCCAUACCUCGCCUUCGCCGCUGCUAUGAACGGGCUGGCUGGGCCCCUGCACGGCCUCGCCAACCAGGAGGUGCUGCUCUGGCUCACUGACCUGCAGAAGGAGCUGGGCCAGGACGUGUCGGAUGAGAAACUGCGGGAUUUCAUCUGGAAUACCCUCAACUCGGGCAGGGUGGUGCCAGGCUACGGGCAUGCGGUGCUGCGGAAGACAGACCCGCGCUACACCUGCCAGCGGGAGUUCGCCCUCAAGCACCUGCCCAAGGACCCCCUGUUCAAGCUGGUGGCACAGCUCUACAAGAUCGUCCCCAACGUGCUGCUGGAGCAGGGCAAGGCCAAGAACCCCUGGCCCAACGUGGACGCCCACAGUGGGGUCCUGCUGCAGUACUACGGCAUGAAGGAGAUGAAUUACUACACGGUGCUGUUUGGGGUGUCACGGGCCCUGGGUGUCCUGUCUCAGCUCAUCUGGAGUCGGGCGCUGGGAUUCCCCCUGGAGAGACCCAAAUCCAUGAGCACCAAGGGCCUCAUGCAGCUCGUGGGAUACAAAUCCGGGUAAAGAAGGGACGGGGGCAGUGCUCCCCCAGGGAACGCCGCGCUGCCGGGCCCGGCCCGGACACCCUCGGCACUGAACCCCCCUCGGCACUGAACCCCCCCUCGGGGCCCCCUCCGGCUGCUCCCCCUCCCCUCCCACCUGCCUCGGGGAGGGGCAGAGGCAGCCCCGGGGUCCCCCCCAGCCCCACACCUGAGAUCCCCUGCCCUGGUGGGAUGGGGGGACCUCCCGUGCCCCCUCCCCACCCCAGCAGCUCUCACUGCGCACACUGGGAGCCCCCCAAGGCUCCCCCACUGCUGGGCUGGGGGGGGCGGUCCUGGCAGGGCCCUGGGGAGGGCACAGCCCCCCCUGCAGCCCCCCCGAGAGGGGUUCAGUCCAGCCCCGUGUCCGGGCCCCCCCGCAGGGACUCGAUACACUCCUCCCCGGCUGCGCCCCCGUGUUUGUGUGACCCCCCCUUCCCCCCGCCUGAAGCCCCCGGGAGCCAGAGCUGGGACCCCCCCCCCCGCCCAGGCCCCCACCCGGCUCCUCGCAGCUCUCGGGCACUUCUGUACAAAACAACA